AUGCACCUGUAUACCUACUUGGGAAUCCUCGCUAUGGGCAGUAUAGAGACAACAGAUAUGGCCCAGUUUGACAAGCUCAUGUCUGCAGGUAAAAUAUAAUUUGUUUAAGUUAGGGAAUAUCAUCUCACUCAUCUCUGUGUGCCACAUCUCAUCAAAACAAAAGGCUCGAUUGUGAGUGUGUCCAGUGUGAAUGGGCAGCGAUCAUUUCCUGGUGUACUAGCCUACUGUAUGUCCAAAUCAGCCAUCGACCAGUUCACACGCUGUGUUACUCUUGAGUUGGCAUCAAAGCAAGUACGUGUCAAUGCAGUAUGCCCAGGAGUAAUUAUAACAGAAGUUCACAAGCGUGCAGGACUUGAUGAGGACCAGUAUGCUCAGUUCCUUGAGAAGUGCAAGGUUACGCAUGCCCUCGGCAGACCAGGUGAAGUAGAGGAAGUAGCUCAUGCUAUCGCCUUCCUGGCAUCUGAUGCAGCAACAUUUAUAACAGGUGUCAAUCUUCCAGUGGACGGAGGUCGACAUGCUAUGUGUCCAUGGUAA